AGAAAGCAAAAGCAUUCCCAUAUGCCAAAGAUGGCUAAUUUCAUGUCUUUUAUCACCCUUAUUUGCAUUCUUUCUCUCAGUCCACGCCCUGCAUUUGCAGCUGAUACACCAGAAGCAAGCAGUUUACGAACAUAUAUUGUUCAUGUCGAGAGACCUGAUGGAGAAGAACUUGUCCCCCAGUCCGCGAGAAGCAGCAAUCGUAUGAUUUUCUCAUAUCGUGAGGUGUUUAUAGGAUUUGCUGCUAGAUUAUCACCAGACGAGGUGAAAGACAUGGAAAAGAAGGAGGGAUUCGUUUAUGCAAGACCUGAUGAAAUGCUGUCCUUGCACACAACUCAUUCUCCCAGUUUUUUGGGAUUGAAUCAGAACACAGGUUUUUGGAAGGAGUCCAAUUACGGUAGAGGUGUGAUUAUUGGAGUCUUGGAUACUGGAAUAUUUCCUCAACACCCGUCCUUUAGCGACGUUGGGAUGCCGAGGCCACCGGCUAAAUGGAAGGGGAGGUGCGAGAGGAAUACCAUAACAUGCAACAAUAAGAUCAUUGGAGCUAGGUACUUUGUACAGUCUGAUGACCAAAAUGCUGGCCAUGGCACUCACUGUGCCGGAACUGCUGCAGGGAACUUUGUGAGAGGUGCAAACAUUUUCGGCCUUGCUAACGGGACAGCAGCCGGCAUUGCACCAUAUGCUCACCUAGCCAUUUACAAAGUAUGUGAUGUAACAUGUCCAACAAGCAGCAUACUUGCUGGAAUUGACGCUGCUGUGGCGGAUGGUGUGGAUGUGCUCUCCAUUUCUCUUUCUUCAGCUGGAAAUAAUUUCGCCCAGGAUCUUACAGCAGUAGGUGCCUUCGGUGCUAUGGAGAAGGGCGUAUUCGUUAGCUGCUCAGCGGGAAACCGCGGUCCAUUUAGCUACACUCUAUCCAACCCCGCACCUUGGGUCCUCACUGUUGGUGCAAGUACCACGGAUAGAAAAACAAGAGCCACGGCAGUGCUUGGAGACUCCCAACUGUUCCAUGGUGUAUCUGCUUUUCAGCCAAACAAUUUUCCCACAACAAUGUUGCCUCUUUUGUAUGCAGGAACGCUCAAUCCUAGUGAUCCAAUGGCUCGAUUCUGCAGCAGAUCCUCAUUGAACAGUAUGGACCUUCGAGGGAAAAUAGUAUUGUGUGAUAUUGGCGGAGUAACAGCAGUUGAAAAAGGACAGGCAAUAAGAAGUGCUGGUGGUGCCGCCAUGAUUCUGGUAAACGAUGAAUCUUAUGCAAACACAAUCUUGGCAGAUCCCCAUGUCCUUCCUGCAACACAUGUUAGUCAUGCAGAUGGAUUAAGGAUUAAAGCUUACAUAAACUCAGCGAGAGCACCAGUUGCCACAAUUCGUUUUAGUGGUACUUUGUUAGGUGAUAAUCGUGCACCCGUUGUUGCUGCCUUCUCCUCUAGAGGACCAAACUCUCUAAGCCCUGGCAUCCUCAAGCCCGACAUUUUAGGCCCUGGAGUUGACAUUCUUGGACCAUGGAAUAUUGCUCUUGAAAAUAAUCCAAACACAAAUUUCAGAUUCAACAUGGUUUCAGGUACCUCAAUGGCAUGUCCACACCUUAGUGGCGUGGCAGCACUACUCAAAAGUGCGCAUCCUAACUGGUCUCCAGCUGCAAUUAAGUCAGCAAUCAUGACCACUGCAGAUGUCGUAAAUCAUGCAGGGGGCGCAAUCCAGGACGAAAGGUUCCUUCCAGCCGGCAUCUUUGCCACUGGGUCCGGCCAUGUGAAUCCAUCCAGAGCAAAUGAUCCAGGACUAGUCUACGACAUUCAACCCCAAGAUUACAUUCCUUAUUUGUGUGGUUUAAACUACACAAACAGCCAAGUCAGCAGUAUUGUAGGGCGCCGGGUGAAUUGCUUAGAGGAGUCACACAUACCAGAAGCCCAACUCAACUAUCCUUCUUUCGCCCUCACUUUCGCGCCUUCAUCGACUACUCAGGUGUAUACCAGGACCGUAACAAACGUUGGCGAUCCUAUCUCAUCUUACAAUGUGGAAAUUUUCCCACCAUCAGGGAUUGAUGUUCGUGUCUUUCCCACUACACUCAACUUCACACGGGUAAACCAACAAAUGCAUUAUCUGGUCACAUUCAGCAGAUUGACAUCUACACUGAAUGGCGUAGUUGUUCGAGGUUUCUUGAGAUGGACUUCUUCCAAGCAUUCUGUUAGGAGCCCUAUUGCAGUUAUACUGCAGUGAUAUCCCUGAAAGUAUUACUUGAUCAAAUAUUGGAAUAAGUUAUAUAUAACAAUAAUGAGGUGUUAUAAAUAAGGAUCAAUAUAAACACCUUGGAAUAAAAGUCUGGCCUGAUCUUGCCCUUUUA